AUGCUUUCUCCCCUGCGCUCGCGGCUUGUGAAAGCCACAUUCCUGGGCACAUGUCGCCAAGUGCGAUUGGCCUCUUCAGCGAGAUAUCCCCAGGCCGUCUCGCCUCUAGCCUUUGACCUCCAUUCGCCUUCCCACCCGAGUAAAGAUGAGAAGACGGCUCCCAUCAUCUUCCUGCAUGGUCUCUUUGGGUCCAAGAAGAACAACAGGGCAAUCAGCAAAGCCCUGGCCCGAGACUUGAAGACUCAUGUAUACACGGUGGAUCUGAGAAACCACGGAGAAUCUCCCCACGAUCCCCGCCACGACUAUGUCGCCAUGACCGAGGACCUGUUGGCCUUCAUUGACCAGCAUGGUCUCAAAGAACCUACUCUGAUAGGCCAUUCCAUGGGCGCCAAGACGGCCAUGUCGGCAGCCCUGCGCUCGCCAGAGACGGUGGCCAAGGUCGUUGCGGUUGACAACGCACCUGUCGAUGUCACGCUGAGCAGGACGUUUGCUUCCUACGUCCGGGGCAUGAAGAAGAUUGAAGAGGCCAAAGUCACUCGCCAGUCCGAGGCCGACGCCAUCCUGCGAGACUACGAAGAGUCGCUCCCGAUCCGCCAGUUUCUGCUCGGAAACCUGUAUCGCUCACCUGAAGACGGCAUCCAGAGGUUUCGCGUCCCCUUGGACAUACUCGGUCGAUCACUCGACCACCUCGGAGACUUUCCCUACAAGAACCCAGGCGAGGCACGCUACACAAAGCCCGCCCUCUUUGUUCGAGGCACCCAGAGCAAAUACGUGCCGGACGACGUGCUGCCCAUCAUUGGCCAGUUCUUCCCGCGCUUUCAAUUGGUGGACAUCGAUGCCGGCCACUGGCUAAUAUCGGAGCAGCCUGAGGCCUUCAGACAAGAAUUCUACUACCUUCUACACUAUACCAAGCUGUAUCCAGGUAGAGAUACAGUACGGCGCACAAACCCGGACCCGGUACCUCGAGAAGCGGCAUUAGACUGGCCGACGGGAGGAGCCCGCGCUCGCCUUUGUCCUCGCCAUCGCCAUCGCCCUCGCCCUCGCCCUCCAAACCCUCGCCCGCCAUCGAACCCGCCGCUACCAUCCGUCGUGGGCAUGUUGCCCCUAGUCCAGACGCACCCGCGCGUGGUGCCUGUUCCCCUCGACUUCGAGUCUUUUGGAGCGCCGGCUGCCAGGCCCGAAGCUGACAGACGAGCCGUCGCGUCGCCCUACCAUCGCGGCGUCUCUCACUCAUACGGCGGCCCCGUCAGCGCUGCUCCCGCCGGCCAAGGCUCGCGAGACCACGACUACCAUCUGCGCCGCAAGACGCCUCGGGGCACCAUCGACGCCGGCUACGAUGGGUCGCCGACGCAGCUGUCGCCCGGCCCGCCACCGCUCAAGCAGCUGAUCCUUCCGACGCCCUCUGGCAUCUAUCCCUACGUUCCUCCAAACAACCUGCCCUUUCACGCCAAGCCUCGUCUCUCGAACACCGACCCGAUAAGCCUGGGACAAGCUCCUGCGGUCUCGCCGUGGUCCCUCAGCUAUGGGGGGCAGAACUUCGUUCUCUCCAGCGGAUCCCCCAUGGUCCCCCAGCCGGGACCAUCAUGGCAACCCUAUGGAUACCCCAUGUUCAGCCAGGUUCCAGGCAUGCAUCAGCCGCUUAUGAGGGCGGCAGAGUACAAUGUGCGUGCCUUUUGUCCGCCCCCGGCCUCCGCCCCUGAUGCCGCGACAUUCAAUCAGUUUGGCUGGCAGCUGGGCGCUUCGCAGCAGAAUCUCGGCUACUUCGAUCAGUCCCAAUACCCUGAACCGAGGUCUAUGCUGCUUCCUGCCAGCUUCUCACACCAUACGUCAGAUGUCCAACUCCCAUACAGGCCCGUUCCGGAUUUCAAGGCCGGCCUCGAAGUAACUUCAUUUCCCUCACAACCAUUGGUGCAGGGGAGCUAUCUGGGCCAGAGCUCGCUUGUGGAGGAUGUUCCCGCCGGCGAACAAUAUGCCGUCCAAGCGAGUUUUACGGAAAAGGUCUACUCAAAGGCCCAGGACCAUUAUGUUGAACUGCUGGCCUACCUGCAAACGGCUAGGAGGCUUGAUCAGAUGAGUACUGGCGGCAAUUCCAGCUCAAGCCAUGUCGAGGCCAUCACGAAUUUAGCCGCUACGCUCUAUUGCCUGAACCGCCAGGAGGAAGCUGAGCAGCAUUGGCUGAGAGCCAUUAAGCUGCGCCCCGACCAUCUAGAGGCCACGGAACAGCUCGUCGGGCUGCUGUACAAGAAACGGAGCCGGGAGGCGAUCGACAUCAUUUGCUUCGUGCAACAAGCGUUGAGUUUGAAGAGAGGAAGUCCAAACCGGACGAGCUACCCUGCCUCCAGCGAUGACUGUCUUCCUAGCCAACAGCCAUCGAAAUUUGCAGCGCCCUUUAGCUAUCAUUACGAGACCGCCUCUACGACGAGUGGCCAUAGCUCCAGGCGCUCUGAUUUCGGGUCCAGCGGAUAUGCGCUCCCCAACAGUGAAAACGGCCGGAUUUUGGCACUGGUUCACGCCAAAGGCACAAUACUAUAUGGUCUGAAGGAUAUCGAGAGGGCUUCGGAGGCGUUCGAAGAAGCUGUGCUGAUAAGUGUUGGGGAGCGCAUACGAAGCGUCCAAGACUUGGUUAACCGGAUCCAUGCUGUCCUCGCGCCGGCAGGGUCACACUCGACUGGCAGUGACCGUAGACCGGUUUCUCGGCGGCCCCUCUUGCUCCCCCCUGAGAAGGCUCGCCAAACUGCCCAUCUUGUAUUUGCUGCUGAUGGCGGAGGUAGCGAACUGCCCGGGCUGGCGUUCGUUCCCGAAGGCGCAGCAAGGCGGGUCGCCGUGCAAACGACGAGCAAUGCUCUGCUCUCCCUAGCCAAGAUUUUCCAGGACGCAAUGUCUGGCGGGAGCACUGUGCCCAGUCUGCUGAGGCAGCCCACGGGUAUUGGCGACAUCCUGGCGUUGUACUAUCUUUCGCUUUCCCUCCAAGAGAGUCCCUCUACAGCAAACAAUAUCGGCAUCCUCCUUGCGGGCGUGCAGCAGACGGCACCAAGCAAUGUCACGACGCCAGGAACGGUCCCUCCUCGGCCCAGUCUCCCCGGCGUCGUACCUGGCAGCGGCCUUGCUCUCGCCUUGGCCUACUAUAACUACGGGCUGCGUCUCGAUCCGAGACAUGUUCACCUGCACACCAAUCUUGGCAGCCUUCUCAAGGACGUUGGCCAGCUGGACCUCGCAAUCCAGAUGUACGAGCGGGCGGUGUCAUGCGACAGGACGUUUGAUAUCGCUCUGACCAACCUAGCCAAUGCAGUCAAAGACAAGGGUCGCAUCAAGGAUGCCAUUGCCUAUUACAGGCGAGCGGUGGACUCGAACCCCGAUUUCGCCGAAGCCGUCUGCGGGCUCUUGACGGCCCUCAACUCCGUAUGCGAUUGGCGUGGCAGAGGUGGAGCGCUGCUGGAAUCGGGCAAAUAUGACCGAUGGCACGUUGACGAUGAGGGUACCCUGGUCGACGUGCGGACGGCCAUGCAUGGCAGCGGCCUCACCCAGCGAGUGAUUGGCAUUAUAAGUCAGCAGCUGGACGACGCAUCGCAAUGGGGCCGCGGCAUACUGCAACAGCCGACCAUCCACGGGCUGGUGGAACAGCUCCAGGAAUUCUGCCACAACCCCAAGUUUGACCUGGAAAACGCCAUCCGUGCCUGGGCUCAUAAAUCGUGGGAAGGCUCCCGCUUGGUUCGCCUCGUGGAACGGGCGACAAGGGUCAUCUUGUGGAAAUGGUAUCAUGAUCGGCAUGUCGCCCAAAGGAAGGCGACGCCCUCGCAGUAUUAUCGGCCUCAGCUGCCCUCUUCUCUCACCAUACCAUCUGCGCCAACUGUGCUUCCCUUCCACACCUUCACGUACCCGCUAUCUGCCAAGGACAUACGGUCCAUCUCCCAGCGCAAUGCAAUGCGGAUAUCGUGCUCGACGCUUCGGGCCCCUUGGCUGCCGCCCACGGUGUAUCCGCCACCACCUCCGCCAAACCCUUAUCUGAACGUUGGAUACGUGUCGUCAGACUUCAACAACCACCCGCUAGCUCACCUGAUGCAGUCGGUAUUUGGAUUCCACAACCCUCAACGUGCCCGGGCCUUCUGCUAUGCCACCACUCCCAGUGACAAGUCCAUACAUCGGCAACAGAUCGAAAGAGAGGCGCCUGUGUUUCGUGAUGUCAGUUCCUGGCCGGCAGAGAAGUUAAUUGAACAGAUUGUCCGCGAUGAGAUUCACAUACUAGUUAAUCUCAAUGGCUACACCAGAGGUGCUCGGAACGAAAUAUUCGCUGCUCGCCCGGCCCCUAUCCAGAUGUCCUUUAUGGGAUUCGCCGGGACGCUUGGUGCGGAGUGGUGCGACUACCUCCUCGCCGACACAACGGCCGUCCCCCCGAGCACUUUGCGCCCUUGGAGGAACAACACCACCAUAGAAGACGUGUUUCAGGACAUGACCGAGGGGGAUGAGCGCCAGUGGAUGUACUCGGAGAACAUCAUAUUCUGCCGAGACACGUUCUUCUGCUGUGAUCACGCGCAGUCGUGCGAUGAUAAUGAACGCGACAUGACGUGGGAGGAUGAAGAGAGGCGUCGCUGGAAGAUGCGCAAGGAACUAUUUCCGACAAUCGCAGACGAUGCCAUCAUCCUGGCCAACUUUAAUCAACUCUACAAGGCAAGAGAGACCAAUUUGCGACAAACGGCCGAGGCCUGGGCCGGGGCAGAGGUGGCCAGUCGGCUCGUCUUCACUGACGUUGCGCCAAAGAACCAGCACAUCAACAGGGCUAGAGUAUGCGAUCUGUUCCUCGAUACUGCGGAGUGCAACGCGCACACCACUGCCGCCGAUGUCCUGUGGUCGAGCACUCCUCUCCUCACCUUGCCUCGGUAUUCGUACAAGAUGUGCUCCCGGAUGGCGGCGUCCAUCCUGCGAGGCGCGCUGCCCAAGUCGGCAGAGGGUCAACAGGCAGCACUGGAACUGAUCGCGGAUGGCGAGACGGAAUACGAGGAUCAAGCCGCAGAACUAGCCGGGGGGCUCACUUACGUGAUGACGGAUGAGGGAUACGGUCGGGGCAAGGGGCGUCUAGCAGAGCUACGAAAACUGCUUUGGGAUAGCAGAUGGAGCUGCGGACUCUUCAACACACGGCGGUGGGUAAACGAUCUGGAAAGGGCUUACGAGGAGGCAUGGCGACGGUGGGUUGCGGGCAAGGGCGGUGACAUAUAUCUGUGA